AACACCCGUCUCAAUUUUUGGAUCAUCACAAAUUUUCAACGCCCUCUCUCUCUCUCUCUCUCUCUGUGAUCAUUCUCAGAGAGAGAUCUCUUUCUACAGUCCCCAUCUUUUUUUUCCCUAGGGUUUCGAUCUCUCUGAUCUCCCUUCACUCCUCUUUUUUACUUAAUCCUUUUCGAUUCAUCUAAUUUUCACAAACCCUGAUUUCUCGUUAAGUCACAAUGUAUUCUUGGUGCUGUUAGGGUUUCUAUUACUCUCCUCGAUUCUCAAAAACUUCACACUGUUAAAUUACUUUCUUUGUCUUUACAAAUUUACCAUUAUGGCUAUCAAGAUUACCGUUAACUUUUCUGGUUACCUGGCUAACAACCUGGUAUUAAACGCUGCCACGAAAGCCCGGACUACGAGUCCGGGCUUUCGUGGCUCGUUUUCAGCUCGAACGAUUUUUACUAAUUGUUCGAGCUUGAAUUUAACACCGAGGUCUAAGUUGACCUCGGUGUUGAAAUCUUCGGGUUUUGUUUCGGAGAUUUCGCCUUUUUUACAUGUUUAUAAGUGGCUACCUUGUAAUGAGAUGAGAGUUAGGGCUGAGGUGGAUAAGGGAGGGACAGAAGGGGGCAAUGUGAAUGUAUGUUGUGGGGGAUUUUCUGGUGUUGAUUUUGAGAGGAGUAAUUGGUUGGCGAAGCUGUUGAGUUGUUGUUCGGAGGAUGCUAAGGCGGCUUUUACUGCUAUUAGUGUUAGUAUUUUGUUUAGGUCGUCGUUGGCUGAGCCUAGGUCGAUUCCCUCGAGGUCUAUGGCUCCGACUCUUGAUGUUGGUGAUCGCAUUCUUGCAGAGAAGGUUUCAUAUGCUUUCAGAAACCCAGAAGUGUCGGACAUUGUGAUAUUCAGUGCGCCUCCAAUUCUUCAGAAAAUUGGUUAUAGCGCUGAUUAUGCAUUUGUAAAACGCGUCGUUGCAAAAGCUGGGGACUCUGUUGAGGUUCGAGAUGGAAAAUUGAUUGUAAAUGGAGUUGAUCAAGAUGAGGACUAUAUUUUGGAGCCACUUGCUUAUGAUAUGAAGCCUCUGGUUGUGCCUGAGGAACAUGUGUUUGUGUUGGGGGACAAUCGAAAUAAUAGUUACGAUUCUCAUAACUGGGGUCCUCUCCCCAUCAGCAACAUAAUCAGUAGAUCCGUUCUCCGGUAUUGGCCACCCUCAAGAAUAGCCGAUACAAUAUAUGAACCUUAUGCAGGGAGAACCGUCGCUGUUUCAUAACAUCUUGUGUGUUUGUUUUCGCCACUCUUCAUGUUCGUGUUUUUGUAAAAAAUUGUUUUUAACAAUCUUCACUUUUUGUUUUAUGUAUAAAAUGCUCAACUAAUGAACGGAAAAAGUAAGCUUGUCCA